GCAGAGGAAAUUACCCCCUGUGAAGUUCAAUUUAAAAAUCUGCUUAAUUCAAAAUCAAAGACCACUUCUUAAUAUUACUACACCAAUAAUAUGCAGUACUUAAAAACUAUUUAUCGGCCGGUCAGUGCUUAACACCUAGGAACAAUUUGAACAUUUAGAUGAAAUCGUAAAAAAUUUGAAAACUACAGCUUCUACACACUUCCAAUUGAAACUACUUACCAUCUGAAACUAGGAAGACAGAGAAUGAACUUACCUAAACACACUACCAUUUGAAACUACAUACCAUCUGAAACUAGGAAAACAGAGAAUAAUAAACUUACCUAAACACACUACCAAUUGAAAGUUUGAAACUACAUACCAUCUGAAACUAGGAAAACAGAGUAUGAACUUACCUAAACUGAAAAUCAAUUUUACCAACUGAUACUAGGGAACGGAGAGGCUCUUUCCUAAGUUCAAAAGUAAAGAAAAUUAUUCCUAAUCACAACCUGAAAUGCUGAAGAUUCUUAAUUAUAAGUAGCCAGGUUCUGCUCUUCAGUUUCAUUCACUUUCAUUCCAAUCAUCAUUCACAAAGCCAUCCAUUGAUAUCUCUCUCCUUCUAGCCGUAAGUAUCUCUGUCUGUUUAAUCUAGAAUGAUGGAGGAACCCUUGAAAACCCUCAAUCUCAUUGACAAGUUAACUGGAGGUGAAUUGCGCUGCCCAUCAAUUGCUAAUUGUAGCAGUAAUAGUAGUACCGAUCCAUUGGAACACCACCGACUACUUUGCCUUGCAGCUUCUUCUUUCACUCUGGAUCAUUCUUGGUGGCAGUUCCUGCCCUCCACCACAAAGAAGAGAAAAGGAAAAGAACUAGUACCGGUGGAGGAAGAGUCAGCAGCACCUAUGAAUCAUCCCAAACGUCGAAAACUAGUACUGAAUGAUCACCAGAAUAAUAGAGAGCUGAAUAAAAGAAGUGCCUUGGAAAAUAAAGAUAAUGACAACGAGAGCUGUCUUGGUCUUACUUUGGGGGUUUCUCCGGUGUCAACCACCCAGCCGGUUCAUGAUAAUCAGUUGAAGGAGAUGAGAGAAAACCGAGUAGCCGAACGUGAUGACGACGAAAGCAUUCUUAGGCUUACUGCUGGUCCUAGUGAUCAUCAUCAUCAUCAAAGGCCGGUGGUGCGCCGUAGUGACCCGGCCAUGUUCAACAUCAAGAAGAAGUUAACGCCAAGCGACCUCGGACACCUGAGCAGGCUCUUGCUGCCAAAAGAUAUGGUCAAAAGCCAUAUUUUGCCUAAUUUUGAUGAAGACUUGGUAGGAAGGAUGGAGAGUGAAGUGGGUUUGGAAGUUACUGUGUUCGACGAGGAUCGGCAAAAGGAGUAUGAGUUGAUAUUCAAAUACUUGAAAUCGUCGAGAAGUUUCGUUUUCAACGGAAAGUGGACACAUGACUUUGUGAAGUUGUUAAAUCUCAACAAGGAUGAUGAGAUCGGACUUUACUUGGAUACUAUUCCAUCUCCAAAACCCAAGUUCCACUUUUCACUCUUGAAACUCGCAGGCCAAGCUGACGGGUGCUCCUGCUCUUCAACAAGAAUAGAAUGA